CGAGCCGGUGACUUGAUUCGUAAAGUCGGACAUCCCAAAGGCUAUUUUCGCUUUCUUCGCGGCUAAGAAGCUUUGGCCUGGGCGGGGCCCACUCGACGCGGUAGCGACGACUCCAGCCAUUAUCCUCGCGACUUUCUUCGAAUGUACUCUGUGGCAGGUUGUCUUGAUUAGAAAAUGAAUGAAUUCGGCAUUUAAGUUGAUUUUCUAUGAGGCUUCCUCUCCUCCUAAUUCUUAAAAACAAAUUGAGAAAGAAAAAUCCAAAUCGAGCAUGCCCGCGUGCUGCCGCCUUCGUCCCUUCAGCUCCCUGGCGGCAGCGGCAUCCGCCCGGACCCCCACGCCGUUCUCCACCAACCCCACUCAUUACUUGGACUAUCGUCACCUCCUCCGUUCGUGCAAAGAUCUCCGCUCCCUCCUCCAAAUCCACGCUCGCCUCGUGGUCCUCGGAGCCGCAUCCGACGACUCCAUCCGCGCCCUGCUUCUCAAUUCCUACUCAACCUUCCACCAAUCCGUCUCCGCUCUCUCCGUCUUCAAAUCCUCUCCCUACUCCACCGUCAUGCUGUGGAACUCCAUGAUCAGAUGCUACACCAGAACGGGGGAGCAUAACAAGGCAAUUCAGUUCUACAAUGACAUGGUGGGACGAGGUAUCGAAGCCGACAAGUACACCUUCACCUUUCUUUUGAAGGCCUGCACCGGGGCGCUCGACUCGGAUACUGGCAUUUUGGUUCACCGCGAGAUAGUCAGCAGAGGAUUACGAAAGGAUGUCUUUAUUGGGACUAGCCUUGUUGACAUGUACUCUAAACUGGGCAUGAUCGAUACUGCACGCGAGGUGUUUGAGUCAAUGCAGGUGUUGGAUGUUGUCUCGUGGAAUGCCAUGAUUGCUGGGCUGUCUCAGAUCGGUGAUCCUCAUGAAGCAUUAGCAUUUUUCCGGAAGAUGCAGUUGGUCGGUGAAGUCCCCAAUUCAGUUACCGUUCUUAACUUGUUUCCGGCUAUUUGUGAACUGUCUGCUCUUUUGCUUUGCAGGGCUGUUCACGGUUUUGUCAUUAGGAAGCAUCUUUUUGCCUGCCGUUUUUAAGGGUUGAUUGAUGCUUACUGCAAAUGUGGGAGGACUGACAUUGCUCGUAAGGUUUUUGAUGGGAUGUCGAGUUCUAAAGAUGAUGUUUCAUGGGGGACCAUGAUCUCUGGUUAUGUCCACAAUGGGUGUUUUCUGGAGGCUUUGGAGCUUUUUGAUGAACUGACAAGAGAGAACCUGAAGUUGAACCAGGUGUCGGUGGUGAGUGCUCUUUCAGCUGCAGCUGAGAUAGGAGACCUAGGGAGGGGGAUUGAAAUUCACAACUAUGCAAUAAACAAAGAAUCAGAUUUGGAUAUUGCAGUCAACACAAUGCUUGUGACAAUGUACGCUAGGUGUGGGGACGUAGAGAUAGCAAAAUCAUUGUUUGAUGGUAUUCAAGAAAAAGAUAUUGUUUCUUGGUCUGCAAUGAUCUCAGCAUUUGUUCAAACAGGCCAUCCCAAAGAAGCAGUGAACCUUUUUCGAGAGAUGCUGCUAGCAGGCAUUACACCUAAUUCUGUGACUCUUGUCAGUCUACUUCCAGCUUGUGCUGAUUUGUUAAAUCUGAAGUUGGGAAGAAGCAUGCAUUGCUAUGCCUUAAAAUCAAAGAUUAGUCUAGAUGUUACAAUGGCAACUGCCCUGGUAGCAAUGUAUGCUCAGUGUGGAUCUUUUAGCUCAGCACAUAUUCUGUUUGAUGGCUUAGAUCACAAAGAUGUUGUCACUUGGAAUGCAUUGAUCAAUGGAUAUGCACAGAUGGGGGAAGCAUGUAAGGCUUUGCAGAUGUUUUAUCAAUUACGAUCAUUCGGACAGCAACCGGACCCUGGAACCAUAGUUGGUGUGCUUCCAGCUUGUGCUCUCUUAAGAUGCCAAGAUGAAGGUGCUUGCAUACAUGGACUGGUUAUCAGGAAUGGGUUUGAUUCAGAUCUUCAUGUGAAAAAUGCAAUUAUUGAUAUGUAUGCCAAGUUUGGGGAUAUUUAUUCUGCCAGGAUCUUAUUCUUUGAGACCAAAUUAUAUAAUGAUGUGAUAUCGUGGAAUACCAUGAUAGCAGGAUACAUGCACAAUGGGCUUGCUAGUGAAGCAAUAGCUACUUUCCACCUAAUGAGAGCUGAGAAUCUUAAGCCCAAUUUCGUUACUCUCAUGAGUGUAAUUCCAGCAGCUUCAUACUUGGCUUCUUUAAGAGAAGGCAUGGCUCUCCAUUCAUAUGUGAUCAGGAUAGGGUUUGAAUCUCAUGUGCUUGUGGCAAACAGUCUAAUUGACAUGUACUCGAAAUGUGGAAGGCUUGAUUAUGCUCGUGACUUCUUCAAUCAAAUGGACAAUAGAGAUACAGUAACAUGGAAUGUGAUGCUUGCUGGAUAUGCCAUACAUGGGCUUGGUGAAAAUGCCAUCUCGUUGUUUUCACUGAUGAAAGACAAUUACAUCAAAGCUGAUUCAGUAUCCUUUAUUAGCACCUUGUCUGCUUGCAGGCAUGGGGGUUUAAUAGCAGAAGGUAGAAAGAUUUUUGAAUCCAUGAAAUCUGAAUACGAGGUGGAGCCUAACCUGGAACACUAUGCCUGCAUGGUAGAUUUGCUAGGUCGUGCUGGUCGAUUGGAUGAAGCUUGGGGUUUGAUUCAAAGAAUGCCAAUGACUCCUGAUGCUGGUAUUUGGGGAGCUCUAUUGGGUGCUUGCAGACUGCAUUCUAAUGUAUGGAUGGGAGAAAUGGCAGUAGACCGCUUAGUUAGACUAGAGCCGAAGAAUGCUGCACAUUAUGUUGUUCUGGCUAAUAUAUAUGCUCAGGCAGGAAGAUGGGCUGAUGCUAGAAAGGUGAGAGUAGCAAUGAAUCAGACAGGUCUGAACAAGACACCUGGUUGUAGUUGGGUUGAGAUAAAUAAUGCCAUUCACGCAUUUAGAGUUGGUGACCAAUCCCACCCACAAUACAAAAGCAUGUGUAAUCUGUGGAAUGGCUUGCUUGAAAAGAUGGAGAAUAUGGGUUAUGUCGCAGACACAAGUUCAGUGCUUCAUAAUGUGGAGGAAGAGGAGAAAUUAUCCUUCCUACAUGGCCAUAGUGAGAGACUAGCCAUAUCCUUUGCUCUUUUGAGCACAGAACCAGGGAUGACAAUCCAAAUAAUAAAAAACCUCCGCGUUUGUGGAGAUUGCCACACGGUCACAAAACUAGUCUCAAAGAUCACUAACCGUAAGAUAAUUGUCAGAGAUUCUACUCGUUUUCAUCAUUUUGAGGAUGGUAUAUGCUCAUGUAAGGACUACUGGUGAUUUUGUUGGAAGAGAACAACUUGUUAUUUAUGACAACUGACCAUUUCGGUGCAUUCAUGUACAAAUAUGGAGAAACAAAUCACAGACUGGAAUUAAGUCAGUCUAAGAAUAGAUAAUAGCUGACCUGUUAAUUUUCUGAUUAUAUAAUCAAGCAUAUAGAAGAUUUCAAAUUA